CCAAUCUCUCUUCCCCUUCGGCCCCCCUUCUUCUUCUCCUUCUUCUUCUUUCGACGACAAGAUCGCCGGAAGAACGCCGCGCGCGCGUCCGGCGAUUCGCCGCUCAAGAACGUGCGUUCCAGAUCGCAAAAUCUCGGGCUGACGAGCGAUUCUUGGGUGGGCCACCGGUGGUCGUUCGGAGAGAUAUCUCGAAAUGUCAUCGAGAGGAAAGACAAAUAAUGGAACCGAGCAGCACAUAGACCCACAGCUGCCAAUCCUUGAUGUGGCACCUCUUAAUAGUGUGCCAUAUUUUGGUCCACCUAUAUCACAUAGCAAUGUUGCCCCCUCACAGCCGGAGAUGGAGACAGAAGCUGUGGAAAGUGUUGGGCCCUCCAUCAUGUAUUUCCCUUCUCAUUCUACAGAAGAGUGGAACAAACUGCUUGCUGCUGCUAAAUCUGGGAUUGGACUGGUUGGCAGUGCAGCUAUGGGAAGGAUGGGACCAGUGGUUGGAGCUGUAGACAUUGGAGAAUGCGAGGACUCUUACCUGUUCAGGGUCUCCCUUCCUGGAGUCUCAAGGGAUGAAAAGGAUUUCAGAUGUGAUGUGGAGCCUGAUGGGAAAAUAUUCAUAAAAGGAGUAACAACUACUGGUGAGAAGACUGUCGUAAAGAAUUCCCAAAUCUUCAAGAUGACGCAAAACUUAUGCCCACCUGGACACUUCUCGAUCUCUUUUCGGCUACCAGGUCCUGUUAAUCAUCAACAGCUAACUGGUUUUUUUGGUACUAAUGGUAUUUUAGAAGGUAUUGUGAAGAAGAGGAACUACUAGAGCUUUCUGUAGGAGCACAGGCAAGAGCAUCACAAUGUUAUAGCUGUCGACCAUGAUGCGGUUGUAGGUUUUAUUGAUUUGGAAAGAGGGGUAGAAAAGAAGAGUGCUUCAACUUGUAGAGUUUCCUCGAGGGCAUGAGGACAAGGAUUGCGACAUGUACUAGUUUGAGAACUUUGAAAGUGUCUUCCAGGAGUUGGGAGUAUCCAUUAAGGACUUCUCUGCCUCCUGUCCCUCAAGAGUGUUAGUUUUUCACAACCUCUCUUUUUACUGCAGAAGUCAGUUCUGCUGUUUAAAUCUGAGGAUGGUUUAGAGAGCUGAGAUUAUUUGCACUCCUGCCUUAACUUGAUGAAUGUUAGGAGGAAUGCCAAUUGCAAGAGCCUUUCAUGGAGAGAUAAUUUUA